GAUGGGAGGACGGUGCUGGUGGGUGCUGCCAAGUUACGCGUGGCUGCAAGGUCUACAGCCAUGUUCCAUACAAGUAGCAUCGUCACAACAGACACGUGGUCAUGGGCUAUGCCCACACGGCCGCUGUGGAGGAGCUUUUUGAAUGGGGUGCAAUAUGUGAUGCUUGGCUGCAAAGUAUACAUCUGCGUUCCAUACAAGCAGCUUCUCCACGACGGACACGUGGUCAUGGGCUAUGCUCACGUGGCCAUUGUGGAUGAGUUGCUUGAAUGGGGUGCAAAAUGUGGACCUUGUGGCCAAGGCAAGGUAAUUUCUAAUUACCAAGGUAAUUACUUGAACAUCUUGCUGGAUUGA